UCCGAGAAAUGGAACAAGUUAAGCUAUUUGGAGCUUUUCCAAGCCCAUUCGUUUACAGAGUAAUCUGGGCUCUGAAGCUCAAGGGUGUACAAUUUGAGUACAUGGAAGAGGAUCUCUCCAACAAGAGUGCUUUGCUCUUGGAGUACAACCCAGUUCACAAGAAGGUUCCUGUUCUUGUUCAUGGUGGAGUUCCAAUUGCAGAGUCCAUCGUUAUCCUCGAAUACAUCGAGGAGACAUGGCCGAAUGAUCAUCCGCUGCUGCCACAAGAUCCUUAUGGGAGAGCCCAAGCUCGGUUCUGGAUUAAAUAUCUGGAAGACAAGCAAGCAACCUUCUUUGCAGUGUUUUGGUCUGUUGGGGAAGAACAGGAGAAGGCACUCAAAGAGGCCCCAGAAGUGUUGAAAACCAUUGAGGAGCGUGCUCUUGGAGAGAAGAAGUUCUUCGGUGGAGAGACAGUUGGAAUGGUGGAUAUAGCAUUCGGGUGGCUUGCUCACUGGAUCGGACCGAUGGAAGAGCUCACAGGCGUGAAGUUGGUGGAAGCCCAUGCGUUCCCUCGCCUGCAUGCAUGGAUGGAGAAUUUCAAGGAGGUCCCAGAAAUCAGAGACAACCUUCCUGAUCGCCAUAGAAUGUUGGCCUAUUUGAAGCGUAGAAUGGAGAUGAUUGCCACGAUGGCUAAAUCGCUGUAAUGAGAAAAAAGUCAGAAACUAAACGUAGAUUGUUGUUUGGUCUUUUGUGGUUGGAGUACUCAUGGCUCCCCUCUCUUGGGAUUCUCUGUUCUCGCUUGGGCUUGAGAUAGUUUCUUUGUUUAAUGUUCAAGA